CAAAACUGGGUUGGUUCCCUGAAGUGUUCCUGGCACAGACACACACGUUCCAAGUUCCAACCCUCCCAAGGAUCCUCUCGUUAGCACAAGCAGAACGAAUGUUGACCAUGGAUGCAGAAACAUGGUUCAGCAGUCUGGACAACAAUAAAUGCUUGCAUUCAUCCAUUCACAAACCUCAAACUCAAGGCAGAGUCCAGUAAUAUGUCCUCAAAGCAUUUUUUAAACAAAAAGGGAACAUACACUGAUUAUACAGUUGCAUUGAGUUGCAUCCCACCUUUUGCCUUCAGAACAGCUUCAAUUUAUCGGGGAAUGGACUUUACAAGGUGUCGAAAGAAUUUCACACAGAUACUGGCCCGUGUUGACUCCAGUGCUUCCCACAGUUAUCAAGUUGGUUGGAUUUCCUUUGGGUGGUGGAACAUUCUUGAUACACACGGAAACUGUUGAGCAUGACAAACCCAGCAGAGUUGCAGUUCUUGACACAAGCCUGGCACCAACUAUCGUACCCUGUUCAAAGGCACUUAAAUAUUUUGUCUUGCCCAUUCACCCUCUUGAAUGGCACACAUCCACAAUCCAUGUCUAAGUUGUCUAAAGGCUUAGAAAGCCUUCUUUAACCUGUCUCCUCCCCUUAAUCUACACUGAUUGAAGUGGAUUUAACAAGUGACAUCACUAAGGGAUCAUAGCUUUCACCUGGAUUCACCUGGUCAGUCCAUGUCGUGGAAAGAGCAGGUGUUCUUAAUGUUUUAUGUACUCAGUGUAUAUUAUUGAUGAACACAAGAUGUUCCACAGAAGAAACUGGACUGCACUUAUUAACAGCAAUGUAAUUAACGUGAUCAGGACUAGGAGGACAGUUCAGCAUUAAGGAGAAGGAGGAAGAAGAGAAAAGGAAGAUCAUGAAAGAGAAAAAAGGAAAUGAUCGUAAGGCGCGCUUACGGUCAGAAGAGGACAAGGAGGCAACAGUAAGAAGUAGACGUGUCUCUCUGGGUCUGAUGACUGCCAGAUGACAGCACCAACAGUGUCAGCUGGUGAGAGAGAGAGAGAGAGAGAGAGAGAGAGAGAGAGAGAGAGAGAGAGAGAGAAAGAAUUUCAGAAAGGAGGAGUGCAGUUGCAGUGGUGGGAUGGUCUGAGGUUUUUCCCAGUGGAGUGACUGUGGUCCUUGAUCGUGGUCCUCGACCUGUGGCUCUGUCCAGUCUGUCCCUGGCUACUGGAUGCCAGGUGGAUGCCAGGUCACCAUGAUGCCCUGGAAGAUGGUCAUUGUUGCACUAUUUUACUGCAAUAUCCACACAUGUGCCACUUAUCGACAUAACAAAGUCCUUUACCCAUCAACUGUUCGAGUGAAGAGAGGGAUGGCAUCAAUGGUGAACCCCACUUUUCAGAACUCCAUAGAGGAUGUCAAUUUACUAUUUGAGAUCCUGCUGGCUGGCCUGCAGUUUGGAGACGAGCACACUCUGUUCUCUGUGCAGGACGAGGAGUUGGCCUCCCUGCGGAAGACCAAAAAGCUGGAAGUCAUCUGCGAGGACAUCCUGCCCAAAACACUCUCUGAUAUCCGUCGCCUGACCUCUGACCUUUCCAAUCACAUGGGCCACCUGCGCCUGGAGGACUUUGAGCGCACUGUGCUGACCAUGGUGUACACCGCCCAGCGGCUGGCCAACGCUACCACAGACCAGCAAAGAGACUUGUGGGCAGAGUCCUUUGUCAGUUUGUACAGAGCUAUCAAGCUGGACCUGACAGCUGAGAACGACCUCACAGCUAAAUGAUAUUGCAAUGUUGGGGAUUGAUACUGCCUUUAUUUCCAGGUCUCUAUUGGAGAAGGAAUUUCUCUCAUUUUCUAUUAUUCAUUAUAGAUACGAUGUUUCAGCAUGAUAUUCUUGGCAACCCUUGAGUACUAUCGUAUCACAUGGACUUAAAAUUAAAGUUUCUGAGAUAUACUUUAAUCCUAUUGCUGUUUUUAUAUGCAUUGGGACAAAACAUUUCUUUGAUUUUAUUUCAAACUUUUUAAAAUGUUUAUUACUAGUGUUACCCUGAACCAACUUGGAAAUGCAGAGAAAUCAGUAUGAUUAUAUUCAUUUUAAAAAUCAAGGUUUUUCUUUAAAAAGCACCAAUUUUUGUAAAAUUCGUAUACAGUUCUUAUACAUUGUGUUAUCAUUAAAUACAAGAUCCA